AUGGCGUCAAUCUUCUCUUUCUUCUUCGCUCUCUGCUUCCUUUCUGCAUACGCUGAGCCCGUGUAUGAAGAUGGCUACAGUGUGAGUACAGUCCUAGACGGCAACGCGUUAGAGAUCAACCCGCACUUCAUCCUCCCUCGAUUUCAAUCUUCCGAUUUCAUCGUCCUCGAUUCUCAGAACAGUGCUUUUUACACAGUCUCGUUCAGCCCAUCGCAAGGGAGGGACUAG